AUGUCAGCCCUACGAUACCGCCCCUGGCGGGCAUUGAAGACUCUCCAGAAUGCAAAUGCUUUGUCCCAAGCUUCGCGUACCAGAAUCAGCCCCUCCCAGCCCUCCCACCUCAUAACCAAGCGCGCCAUCACCUACAGCUCAACGCGGUCCCAAACCCCAACCAACAACAACAGCGCAACCAGCCAGACACCGCGAUCAACCUCCUCAACAACCUCCUCUCCUUCAUCCUCUUUGACUCAAGCAUCCCGCGUCGCAGCACCAACCCCCAACCGCACAACGACAGAUAACAUCUCCAAGAGCGGACUCGCCGAUAAACCAUUGGAGCUCGAGGCUGCGCCAGAGGAAAAAAUCGACUGGACACGAUCUUUCCACGGACUUUCCGCAGAGCCAUUCCCCAAGGAAGCGGCUGAUAUUUUGUUGGCUGAGACUGCCCCCGAGGAAGUAGAGAUUAAGCCCGAUGGAAUCGUCUACCUCCCCGAGAUCAAGUACCGUCGUAUUCUUAACAAGGCGUUUGGACCGGGUGGAUGGGGUCUUGUCCCGCGGAGUGAGAGUAUUGUUACGCCGAAGACGGUGACGAGGGAGUAUGCGCUUGUUUGCAAUGGCCGACUUGUCUCCGUCGCCCGUGGUGAGCAGGAUUACUUCUCCCCCGAUGGUAUUCCCACGGCUACGGAGGGAUGUCGAUCCAAUGCGCUGGUGCGAUGCUGCAAGGACCUCGGUAUUGCGAGUGAACUCUGGGAUCCGCGCUGGAUCCGGAAGUACAAGGCGAAAUACGCACGUGAAGUCUUUGUGGAGCACAUUGUCAGCAAGAAGAAGUCGAAGAUCUGGACUCGCAAGGAUGACCCCGUUGGGUAUCCUUGGAAGGAGAGUGGAAGGUAG